AUGGAACCUCGUCCCAAACCAACACCAAGUAAAAGCUUCCUCAAAUAUCACGCUGGCUGGCGUCGUGUGGUCAGCCACUUUAGCCCAUCAUGGUUCUCCACGACAAUGGGCACCGGCAUCGUCGCCAUUCUAUUCCAUAUCAUCCCAUUUGGACAUACAUACCUGCAUUAUGUGUCCAUCGUCUUCUUCAUUCUCAAUAUCGUACUCUUUGGUGUAGUGCUCUCCAUGUCCAUCCUCCGGUACACGCUAUACCCCGAGAUCUGGGCCGUGAUGAUCCAGGACCCCACGAACUCGCUUUUCCUCGCGACCUGCCCGAUGGGUUUUGCGACGCUGAUCGAGAUGUGGGUGUUCGUCUGUGUGCCGGCCUGGGGGGACUGGACGAGGACGGUGGCGUGGGUGCUGUGGAUUGUCGAUGCUGUGGCGGCUGCGUCGGUGACGGUGUCGUUGUCGUUCAUUCUGUAUUUCCAGCCAAUGAUCAUUUGCUGGCAAAAGGCUGACGAUGAUAGGAUUUCGCAAACGUAUAUUACGUCGCUUGAACGCAUCACCGCUCUGCAACUGCUCCCUAUCGCGGCGACGAUCGUUGCGGCAGGGACCGGUGCGGAGGUUGCUGGGAUCUUGCCAGAUCCGCAGCAUGCAAUGGGUACCGUGCUUGUCUCGUAUAUCCUCUGGGGAAUGGGGACGCCGCUCGCGAUGACCAUUCUGGUGAUAUACUACCAGCGUCUGGCGGUGCAUAAGCUGCCGUCCCGGGAGACGAUUGUCAGUUGUUUCUUGCCGCUGGGACCGCUGGGCUUCGGCGGAUUUGGAAUUCUGUAUCUUGGAAAAGUUUUGCGCAAACUCGUCGAGACUCACGAAGUGAUCGACCCCAUGGCGGGAUCGGUCGCGUACACCAUGGGACUCUUCAUUUCGUUGCUUAUGUGGAGUUUCGGGCUGAUAUGGCUUGUCUUCGCCCUGGCGACAAUCUAUCACGCGUCCCCGUUCCCGUUCAAUAUGGGCUGGUGGGGAUUCACCUUUCCGCUGGGCGUGUAUGCGGCGAACACCCUCCUGCUGGGUGAGCAGCUGGAUUUGAUGUUUUUCAAGGUCUUUGGAAUCAUACUCAGUGUGGCCGUCAUCCUCCUGUGGCUAGUUGUAGCCGCCCGAACAGUGCACGGCGCAUGGCAUGGGAGUCUCUUCUACGCACCUUGUCUGCAGAAUCUAAAGAGCAAGGAGGAUCCAGCAGAAGCUUCUAUUCGCCAGGCAUGA